UUGGACUUCAUUUCGUGAUUUCGAUUCAAUCGACAACUCUUGUAUUGCGGUGAAGUUUUGCUCGUGUAUUCUAUUCUAAGAAGUUAUCAAAUGCUAAAAGUGUUUUUGUGUAAUUGAUUGAUGCCUUGUUAAGAAUCAGGUGUAGACAUGGAUCAGAUACCGCCUCCGAAAGAGGUGCGGAUCCUCGAAACAGCAGAGGAUAUCCAGGAACGUCGUCAGCAAGUCUUAUCGCGUUACGACAACUUCAAAGCUGACGCCAGGGCAAAGAGGGAGAAGUUGGAAGAUUCCAGACGAUUCCAGUACUUUAAACGUGACGCGGACGAGUUAGAAUCAUGGAUUUUGGAGAAACUACAGGCAGCUUCAGACGAGAGCUACAAAGAUCCAACAAAUUUGCAGGCGAAGAUCCAGAAGCACCAGGCUUUCGAGGCAGAGGUGGCGGCUCACAGCAACGCCAUCGUCGUGUUGGAUAACACAGGAAGGGAGAUGAUCAACCAGAACCACUAUGAAAGUGAAACGAUCAGAAGGAGAUUAGAGGAGCUGCAUAGAUUGUGGGAACAGCUUCUUUCGAAGCUUGCCGAAAAGGGCAUGAAACUCCAGCAAGCUCUAGUUCUCGUCCAGUUCAUUCGUCAUUGCGACGAAGUAAUGUUCUGGAUAAAUGAAAAGAGUACGUUCUUAUCCACGGAAGAAUUCGGGCAAGACCUCGAACAUGUGGAGGUACUUCAAAGAAAAUUCGAUGAAUUCCAGAAAGACAUGGCCUCUCAAGAAUACCGUGUGACGGAAGUGAACGAACUCGCCGAUAAAUUGCUACAAGACGGCCAUCCGGAAAGAGACCAAAUCAUUAACCGUAAAGAAGAACUUAACAACGCAUGGCAACGUUUGAAACAAAUGACCCUCAUGAGGCAAGAUAAGCUUUAUGGAGCUCACGAAAUCCAACGUUUCAACCGAGACGCCGAUGAGACUGUAGCUUGGAUCGCCGAGAAAGACGUCGUGUUGUCGUCAGACGAUUACGGACGGGACCUGGCUAGCGUUCAAGCUUUACAGAGAAAACAUGAGGGUGUCGAGAGGGACCUGGCAGCUCUGGAGGAUAAAGUGUCCACUCUCGGACAGGAAGCGGACAGGUUGUGCGCCAUCCACACCGAUCACGGGGAUGUAAUUCAAGAUAAGAGAGCGGAGAUCGAAAACUACUGGCGCAGUUUGACCGCAAAAGCGAAGGAACGUCGUGAGAAAUUGGAAGAAUCCUAUGCCCUUCAUCGUUUCCUGGCAGACUUCAGAGACUUAGUCUCGUGGAUUAACGACAUGAAAGCUAUUAUUUCCGCGGACGAGCUAGCGAAAGAUGUGGCUGGCGCCGAGGCCCUCCUCGAACGUCACCAAGAACAUCGUGGUGAGAUCGAUGCUAGAGAGGACAGCUUCAUCACUACCUUCGAGGCAGGGAAACAACUUCUCGAUAAAGGACAUUACGCCAGCGACGAAGUCAAAGAAAAGCUCUCUAUGUUGGAGUCGGACAAGCGAUCGUUGAUUGCUUUGUGGGACGAGAGGCGUAUUUUGUACGAGCAGUGCAUGGACUUGCAACUGUUCUACCGUGACACGGAACAAGCCGACACCUGGAUGGCUAAGCAAGAAGCGUUUUUGGCCAACGAAGACUUGGGCGACUCUUUGGAUUCAGUCGAGGCGCUUAUUAAGAAACACGAGGACUUUGAGAAGUCGCUCGCAGCUCAGGAAGAGAAAAUAAAGGCGCUAGACGAAUUCGCUACUAAAUUAAUCGAUGGUGAACAUUACGCUGCCGACGAUGUAGCGCAACGCAGAGCAAUGCUUUUGGAACGUCGCAAAGCACUGAAAGAGAAAUCCAGCAUCAGGAGGGAAACGUUGGAAGACGCUUAUAAACUACAGCAAUUCGAGCGGGACUGUGACGAGACGAAGGGUUGGAUCAACGAGAAACUGAAGUUUGCCACCGACGAGAGUUAUUUGGACCCCACGAACUUGGGCGGCAAAGUACAGAAGCACCAAAACUUCGAACAGGAGCUCAACGCCAACAAAUCUAGGAUGGAAGAUAUAACGUCCACCGGACAAGAAUUGAUAGAAGCUAAACACUACGCUUCUCCCCGCAUCCAGUCACGAAUGGAGGAGAUCGUCAACCUCUGGGAGAUCCUCGUCCAAGCCACCGAUAAAAAGAACUCGAAACUCCAGGAAGCGAGUCAGCAGCAGCAAUUCAACCGCACCAUCGAGGACAUCGAACUGUGGCUCUCGGAAAUCGAGGGUCAACUCAUGUCCGAGGAUUACGGCAAAGACUUGACCUCGGUGCAGAACCUGCAGAAGAAGCACGCCCUGCUAGAAGCCGACGUUGCCUCUCACCAAGACCGGAUCGAAAGCAUCACUUCGGCAGCACAUCAGUUCGUGGAACGCGGCCACUUCGACGCGGAAAACAUCGCUCAGAAACAGAAGACGCUAACCGAUCGUUAUGCCGCCCUUCAGACCCCCAUGGCCGUGAGGAAGCAGAGAUUGCUGGAUUCACUGCAAGUGCAGCAGCUUUUCCGUGACAUCGAAGACGAAGAGGCUUGGAUCAGGGAGAAGGAACCCAUCGCCGCGAGCACCAACAGAGGUCGCGAUCUUAUCGGCGUCCAAAACUUGAUCAAGAAACACCAAGCCGUUUUGGCGGAAAUUAACAACCACGACGGACGUAUCAGAGCUGUCAUCGACGUGGGACGACAGAUGAUGGAGGACGAGCAUUUCGCUAGCGACGAGAUCAGGAAUCGCGUGGCGGCGCUCAGCGAUCACUGGGAUUCGCUGAAAGAGAAGUCAAGUCAGCGCAAGCAAGACCUGGAGGACUCGCUCCAAGCUCACCAAUACUACGCGGACGCCAACGAGGCGGAAUCGUGGAUGAAAGAGAAAGAACCCAUCGUUAGUAACACGGACUACGGCAAGGACGAGGAUUCCUCCGAGGCCCUGUUGAAGAAACACGAGGCUCUCAUGAGCGACUUGACCGCUUUCGGGAAUACCAUCGAGGCGCUGAAGGAGCAAGCCCGUAACUGCCGUCAACAAGAACCCCCGGUUGUUGACGUGACAGGCAGGGAAACCGUCCAGGCCUUGUACGACUACACGGAAAAAUCGGCCAGGGAGGUGUCCAUGAAGAAGGGCGAUUUGCUCCAUCUCCUCAACUCGAACAAUAAGGAUUGGUGGAAGGUGGAGAUCCACGAUCGCCAAGGAUUCGUCCCAGCGGCUUACGUCAAGAAAGUCGACGCUGGCCUGACAGCUUCCCAACAGAACCUAAUAGACAACAAUUCCAUCUCCGCUCGUCAGAACCAGAUCAAUCAGCAGUAUGAUCGCCUCCUCGCCCUGGCCAACGAACGCAGAAACAAACUCGACGAAACCGUCAAAGCUUACGUGCUCGUUCGCGAAGCCGCCGAAUUAGCGGGAUGGAUAAAAGACAAGGAAAUGCACGCUCAAGUCCAGGACGUCGGUGAAGAUUUAGAACAAGUGGAGGUACUUCAGAAGAAAUUCGACGAUUUCCAGACAGACCUGAAGGCCAACGAAGUGCGUCUGGCGGAAAUGAACGAAAUUGCGAUGCAGCUGGUAUCGCUCGGUCAAACCGAGGCGGCGUUGAAGAUUCAAACGCAAAUGGAAGACUUGAACACCAAAUGGACGAGUUUGCAACAACUUACGUCUGAGCGGGCGAGCCAGUUGGGCUCCGCUCACGAAGUGCAGAGGUUCCACAGAGACGUGGACGAGACCAAGGAUUGGAUCAACGAAAAGGACGAGGCGCUUAACAACGACGAUCUGGGCAAAGAUCUACGAAGCGUCCAGGCACUUCAGAGGAAGCACGAGGGACUCGAAAGGGACCUCGCCGCUCUCGGAGAUAAGAUUAAACAAUUGGACGAAAUCGCAAACCGUCUAGUGACCACCUACCCCGAAACCGCGGAGCAAACUCUGACAAAGCAACAAGAAAUCAACGAGCUCUGGACCCAACUCACCGCCAAGGCUAAUAGCCGUAAAGAAAAACUUUUGGAUUCGUACGAUCUGCAAAGAUUCCUCAACGACCAUCGUGACUUGUUGGCCUGGAUUAAUUCCAUGCUCGGAUUGGUCAGUUCCGAAGAAUUGGCGAGUGACGUCACCGGCGCAGAGGCUUUAAUCGAACGCCACCAGAACUACAAGGCAGAAAUAGAGGCAAUGUAUGGAAUACCUCAGGAACAUCGUACUGAAAUCGAUGCCCGAGCCGGCACGUUCCACGCCUUGGAACAAUUCGGCCAGCAACUUCUGAACUCCAACCACUACGCCAGUCCCGAGAUCCAAGAGAAGUUAGAACAGUUGAACGCCGCGCGUGACGACUUGGAACGCGCCUGGAUCGACCGACGCCUACAACUAGAUCAAAAUCUCGAGCUUAACCUCUUCUACAGGGACUGCGAACAAGCCGAGAACUGGAUGUCCGACCGCGAGGCAUUCCUUGCCUCGGACGUCGUAGAUUCCAACGGGGACAACGUCGAAGCACUGAUAAAGAAACACGAAGAUUUCGACAAGGCCAUCAAUGCCCAUGAAGAGAAGAUAGCUACAUUGCAGACCCUGGCCGAUCAGCUUAUCGGAAGGGAGCAUUACGCUUCCAAGGCGAUAGACGACAAACGUAACCAGGUGUUGGACAGAUGGCGUCACUUGAAGGACGCUCUGAUCGAGAAACGUUCCAAGUUAGGCGAAAGCCAGACGUUGCAACAGUUCUCCCGCGAUGCCGAUGAAAUCGAGAAUUGGAUCGCUGAAAAACUCCAACUCGCUACGGAAGAGAGUUACAAAGACCCAGCGAAUAUCCAGUCUAAGCACCAGAAACAUCAAGCGUUCGAAGCUGAGCUAGCCGCCAACGCGGAUAGAAUUCAAACCGUUUUGGCUAACGGUGCGAAUCUUAUAGACAAACGUCAGUGCGCCGGUUCCGAGGAAGCGGUACAGAGGAGAUUGGAAUCCAUCGCCGACCAAUGGGAGUUCCUUACGCAGAAAACCACCGAAAAAUCCUUGAAAUUGAAGGAAGCCAACAAACAACGCACGUAUAUCGCCGCCGUGAAGGAUCUUGACUUCUGGUUGGGCGAAGUCGAAAGUUUGUUGACCAGCGAGGAUGCCGGCAAAGACCUCGCGUCGGUCCAGAACCUCAUGAAGAAACAUCAACUCGUCGAAGCCGACAUCCAACACCACGAGGAUAGGAUUAAGGAUAUGAACGACCAAGCCGACUCGCUAAUCGAGAGCGGGCAAUUCGACACCGCGUCUAUUCAAGAGAAACGUCAGUCUAUCAACGAACGCUACGAACGUAUCAAGAACCUCGCCGCACACCGCCAGGCUCGUCUCAAUGAGGCGAAUACUUUGCACCAGUUCUUCAGGGAUAUCGCUGACGAGGAGUCCUGGAUAAAGGAAAAGAAACUGUUAGUGGGAUCCGACGAUUACGGCCGAGAUCUUACGGGAGUGCAGAACCUGAAGAAGAAGCACAAACGUCUCGAAGCCGAGUUGGGUUCCCACGAGCCUGCCAUCCAAGCCGUACAGGAAGCCGGAGAGAAACUCAUGGACGUUUCCAACCUGGGCGUCCCGGAGAUCGAGCAACGCCUCAAAGCCCUGAACCAAGCCUGGGCCGAACUGAAACAACUAGCGGCCACUCGCGGUCAGAAACUGGACGAAUCGUUAACCUACCAGCAGUUCCUCGCCAAGGUAGAAGAGGAAGAGGCGUGGAUCAGCGAGAAACAGCAGUUAUUGAGCGUGGAAGAUUACGGCGACACGAUGGCCGCCGUGCAAGGCUUAUUGAAGAAACACGACGCCUUCGAGACGGACUUCCAGGCUCACCGGGACCGUUGCAAGAAUAUCUGCGAUGACGGCAUGAAGUUGGUGUCGGACGGAAAUCAUCACUCCGACAGUAUCAACCAACGUUGCCAACAGCUCCAGACGAAGUUGGAUCAUCUCGCGGCCCUCGCAGGCAGGCGAAAGGCUAAGCUCGUCGACAAUUCCGCCUACUUGCAGUUCAUGUGGAAGGCCGAUGUUGUCGAGAGCUGGAUCGCCGACAAGGAGACUCACGUGAAAAGCGAGGAGUUUGGGAGGGAUUUGUCUUCGGUGCAAACCUUGCUUACCAAACAAGAGACGUUUGACGCCGGUCUCACCGCUUUCGAGCACGAAGGUAUCCAGAACAUCACCGCACUUAAAGAUCAGCUGAUCGCUUCCAACCACGACCAGACCCCUGCCAUUCUCCAGCGACACGCAGACGUUAUCGCAAGGUGGCAGAAACUAUUGAACGACUCCGACGCCAGAAAGCAACGCCUUCUCCGCAUGCAAGACCAAUUCAAGCAGAUCGAGGAGCUCUUCCUCAUGUUCGCCAAGCGAGCCUCCGCUUUCAACUCCUGGUUUGAGAACGCCGAGGAGGACCUGACGGAUCCGGUACGGUGCAACUCCAUCGAGGAGAUCCGCGCCCUUAAAGACGCCCACGCUCAGUUCCAAGCUUCGCUUUCCAGCGCCCAGGCCGAUUUCGACGCUCUGGCCGCUUUGGAUCAGCAGAUCAAGAGCUUCAACGUCGGCCCUAACCCCUACACCUGGUUCAACAUGGAGGCUCUGGAGGAGACCUGGCGUAACCUGCAGAAGAUCAUAGCCGAGAGGGACGUCGAGCUGAACAAGGAGGCGCAGCGGCAGGAAGAGAACGACAAGCUGAGGAAGGAGUUUGCCAAGCACGCCAACGCAUUCCACCAGUGGUUGACGGAAACUCGUACUUCCAUGAUGGAGGGGUCCGGUUCCCUCGAACAACAACUGGAGGCGACCAAACGCAAGGCAGGUGAAGUCCGCGCGCGCAGGUCCGACCUGAAGAAGAUAGAGGACCUGGGGGCUAUCCUCGAGGAACACCUCAUUUUGGACAAUCGUUACACAGAGCAUUCCACCGUCGGUCUGGCCCAGCAGUGGGAUCAGCUCGAUCAGCUGGGAAUGAGAAUGCAGCAUAACCUCGAACAGCAGAUACAGGCCAGAAAUCAAUCGGGUGUUAGCGAGGACGCUCUUAAGGAGUUCUCCAUGAUGUUCAAGCACUUCGACAAGGAGAAGUCCGGAAAACUGAACCACCAGGAGUUCAAGAGUUGCCUGAGGGCCCUCGGCUACGACUUACCGAUGGUGGAGGAGGGGCAGCCAGAUCCCGAGUUUGAUGCGAUAUUAGAUAUCGUUGAUCCGAACAGAGACGGGCACGUUUCCUUGCAGGAGUACAUGGCCUUUAUGAUCAGCAAAGAAACGGAAAACGUGCAAAGCUCCGAGGAAAUCGAGAAGGCGUUCAGGGCUAUCACCGCGGGCGACCGUCCUUACGUCACCAAGGAAGAGCUGUAUGCGAACUUGACGAAGGAGAUGGCGGAUUACUGCGUGGUGAGGAUGAAGCCAUACGUGGAACCGAAAACCGAGCGACCCAUAGCGGGGGCCCUCGAUUACAUAGAAUUCACACGUACACUUUUCCAGAAUUGAUUCGCUUAGGUUAGGGGCUUUUAAGAAUUGAAAACAAUAUUAAACGGUAUGCAAUACUAUGUAAGAGAAAUCCAUAUUUAUCUUAAAUAUAUAUUUAUAUUUAUUGAAUAUUAUUAAGUCUAAAUGUUUUACGACACAGCUGCUAAUUUUAGUUCUAGUUCGGGGCUCGCAUCGUAACGGCAAGAGGUGUUUUAUUUUUUUAUUUGCUAUUGCGAAUAAUUUUAAAAUGAAAAAAUUAUAUUCUGCAAUUUUAAUUGUUCACUGCCCUUCUAUUUCAUUCUUAUGGACCUUGUAACCUGUGUUUAGUAUUAGAUUUUUGUAACUGUUUAAAAUAAAUAGCUUUUGCUUUGACA